AUGUCCGGAGCAGAAACUAGUGGCAAUACCGUCGCCAAGAGCGGGUUCAAGCGCCACAGAAAAGUGUUAAAAGACAAUCUCCUUGGCAUCACUAAAGCCGACAUCCGUAGGCUCGCCCGAAGGGGUGGGAUUACGCGCAUGUCGGCGGAGGUCUACGCCGUGGCCAGAGAAAUCAUUAGGGACUACCUAAUGAGACUGGUCAGUGACACCGUCACUUACACCCAACACGCCAACCGAAAGACAAUCUCCGCCCUUGACGUUGUCUACGCGCUCAAGAGACAGGGCCGACACCUUUACGGGUUCGGAGGAUAA